AUGCGCGCCGGCCACAGCAGCAGAGCUCGAGCCCGCCUUGCCGGCCACGGAUCCCUCCGCUCGUGCGCGCCGGUCGCCGGCGGCGAGGGCGGACUCGGCCUCGAGCCUGGGCGGGUGGGCGGCGGAGGUGCAAGGGCCCGCCCUCGACGACGGAGGCGCGGAUCCACGGCGGAGGCGGCGGCGGAGCUCCCCAAUCCGCGUGCCGGCACUGCGGCGAGCGUGACGGCGGGACGGGGGCGCGCGUGCGGCACGACGGCAGGUGCGCGCGCGGCGCAGGAGCAGGAGCGGAGGCACGCCGAGCUCGACCUGAUCCGCGCUGGAUCGAGCUCCAUGGCGGCCUCCCCGACGUCGGCGGAUGGGACACCGGCGUGCGCGGCGGCUCGCGGGACGGCGGGCGUUGCAGGACGGCGGCGAGCACGAGGCGGCUCUCGAGACAGCGGCACGGCGGCAGCCUCCUCCUCUCUGUCCAUGGCCGCGGCGGGCCGAGGAUUCGGCGGCGCCACCUCCCGAGCGCCCUCCCCGACGGCGGCCCCUCCUUCCUCCCCCUUCCUGGCCCGCCUCCCUGCACCCCUCGAGCUCAACGCCAUGGGCGGGCUUGACCUUGACUAG